UGAGUUUUCGCCGUGUCAUAUUUUGCCAUAUAGUCCGUAUUUCGACAACAUUAAGGGCUUCUCCAGGCAGGAGUGAAAAACGAGCCCUAGCUGCCUCACCUCGCUCUGCCUUUUGCUGUCUAUUGCUGUCGCCGCUCACUGAUCUUAUCCUCCGGUGUUAUUUGAAUAUCUGAAGAUGUCCAACUCCAAUAGAGAAGAUUCAGACAUUGAUGAUGAUUUUAGUGAUCUGUACAAGGAAUACACUGGUCCACCAAGAAGUAAUACUAAUACAAGUGGGCCCGACACCACAAUUACAAAAGCAAACAAAAGAUCUUAUGCUGGCUCUGAUGAAGAGGAUGGAACCCGAGACCCGAAUGCUGUUCCCACUGAUUUCACUAGCCGGGAAGCUAAGGUCUGGGAGGCGAAAUCUAAAGCUACUGAAAGGAAUUGGAAGAAACGAAAAGAAGAAGAAAUGAUUUGUAAAAUAUGUGGAGAAUCUGGCCACUUUACUCAGGGUUGUCCGUCUACUCUUGGAGCGAAUCGCAAGUCACAAGAUUUCUUUGAAAGGGUUCCUGCAAGAGAUCCUCAAGUGAAAGCACUGUUUAGCGAGAAGGUUAUAAGGCAAAUUGAGAAAGAUAUCGGUUGCAAAAUUAAAAUGGAGGAGAAAUUUAUGAUUGUUAGUGGGAAGGAUAGGCUGAUAUUGGCUAAAGGUGUAGAUGCUGUUCACAAAAUUAAAAAUGAGGGGGACAAGAAAGUGACUAGGUCAAGGUCACCAGAAGGGAGAAGUCCUAUUAGCUCUAGAAUGGGAAGGUCUAAUAAUCCUAGUCCUAGAAAUCCAUCACAUUAUAACCAGAGGUUUAGCAGCAGCAGCAGGCAAGAGAAGAUGAUUGAAGAUGUGCAUAGGUUACCCAGGGGGUCCCCACAACUAGCUUAUGGGAAUGAUGGUGCCCGGGGUCGGUCAACUCAUUCAAAGUCUCCUUACAGUGGUGGUGGUGGUGGUGGUGGUUCAUAUGAUGAUGAGCGCCGGGCAGGGGCAGGGGCAGGGGCGAUGCAAAGGAACAAAGGAUGGGUGGAUGGUACUGACAAGCAAUCUAGCAGUAACGGCCCACAGACAUUGGAGGACUUACAUUUGGAAUAUCAGAGGGAUGCAAUGGACAUUACAGAAAUUCGAGAUAAGGAAGAAGAUGAAGAAAAUAACAGACAUCGUCAGGCUGUGAGGGAAAUGAGAGAAGAUUACAUGAAGAGGUUUGGUAUGGUGCGAGCAAUGCAUGCAAAGCAGUGGGAAGAGUUUCUUCAAGUUGAGGCUCAAAGGCGUCAGCAGCCUCCUCCUCCUGCUUCAGGAUUUGGUGGUUAUAAACAGGAUGGUUACCCUGAAUAUGAGAGUUCUGGUUAUGGUGGUGGAACUGGAAAUAUGGGAAUGGAUUCAAGGGUAAGGUAUCCAGAUAUUGACACCUAUCCUUCUUCGAGGUCACAUGACAGUUAUGGGGGAGAGUUUCAGCAACGUCAAAGUCAAAGGCACGAAGACUAUGGGAAGGCAUACAAUAAUAAUAAUAAUAAUAAUAAUAGAUAUUGAAUCAUCCAUCAAUCAUCAUGUAGCCUAGGAGGGACUACCGACUACUACUGGUGAGGUGAGUUGCUCUACUUAUUAAACACUCUGUAAUCUUGCUUGCUUUUCCAUUUCCAGUUCCAACUGCUAUCUCGAUCUCAUCUUUAAUAAAUACUCUCUCUCUCUCUCUCUCUCUCUCUCUCACAAUCAUGAGGGGUAUGGAUGGUAUAUGGGGAUGAACAUUGAAAGUGCAUUGUGGUCACUGUAUAAAAACAAGACCUACACUUGAGAGAGGACAAAGGAAAUAUGUAAAUGCUUUGGGGAGAGCAUCUCAUGUAUUUAUUACCAUAGAAAAGAUAUCUUCUCUUUUACGAGGCUGGCUUUAAAUGCUUGAGAUAUGUUUUCAGGGCCACAUCCAGAUCCAGAUUUUGGGGAAAAGCACUAAAGUAAGCUUAAGGUAAGGUAGGUAUAUUAUGGUACGGUAUGACUAUAAAUUUAGUUUAGAAUUGGUUUCUUAAACCUUUUGCUCUCUGUUUGUUUGAGCUAUAAAUGUUUGUAGCAACUGGUGGGGUUCAUUGCUCAGUAUGGAUUUUAGCUUUCAAAUUCUACUAUUCUUUUCAAGUA